CUAUCCUGUUAUUAAAAAGUCACGUCAUAUUAUUCAUUAUGUAUUAUUUGUAUAUAUUUCUUUUAACUACUUGCGUUUUUCUUUCCCUCAAUGUUGUAGAUGUCAUUUUAUACGCGAUAAUCGUCAUAGGUACUUUCAUUGGAGCAAUAGGAAUAUUCAUAUGCCUCAUAAUAGGUUGUAGAAAAUGUAUGUCAUCAAGAAGAACGGCUAAUGAGCAAGAUAUUGAAGUAUUCUUAAGAGAUCAUGGAACUCUAGCACAAAAGAAAUAUAAAUUUUCAGAAGUCAAGAAAAUGACCAAGAACUUCACAAUUAAACUGGGUGAAGGUGGGUUUGGUGUUGUAUACAAAGGAGAGUUACGCAAUGGUUACCAUGUGGCUGUAAAAAUAUUAACGACAUCAAAAGGAAAUGGCAAAGACUUUAUCAAUGAGGUUGCCAGCAUCAGUAGAACAUCUCAUGUUAAUGUUGUCCAACUUCUUGGAUUCUGUUUAGAAGGAAAGAAGAAAGCCCUUAUUUAUGAAUUCAUGCCUAAUGGUUCCCUCGACAAGUUUAUCGGUAAUAAGGGACUAGAAAGCACUUCAUCUUUGAGUUGGGAUAAUCUGUUGCAAAUUGCGAAAGGGAUAGCCAGAGGAUUAGAGUACCUGCACAAGGGAUGCAACACUCGUAUUUUACACUUUGACAUAAAACCACAUAACAUUCUUUUGGAUGAGAACUUUUGUCCCAAGAUAUCAGAUUUUGGGCUUGCAAAACUUUGUCCUGGGAAAGAGAGCACUAUUUCAGUUUCAGAUGCGAGAGGAACAAUAGGAUAUGUAGCUCCUGAAGUGUGCAACAAACAUUUUGGUGGAGUAUCACAAAAAUCUGAUGUGUAUAGCUAUGGAAUGAUGCUACUAGAUAUUGUGGGAGUGAGGAACAAUGUUAAUGAAGAAACCACUGAAACAAGUGAAUACUUCCCAGAUUGGAUAUACCGAAAGCUGGAGCAAGACCAAGAUUUGAGAAGUGAUAUAGUCACAGAAGAAAAAGAGACAGAAAGGAGAAUGAUUACAGUUAGUUUGUGGUGCAUUCAAACGUUUCCAAAGGAUAGACCUACUAUGAGUAGAGUAAUAGAAAUGUUAGAAGGCAACAUGAAUUCCCAAGAAAUACCCCCAAAACCUGUUCUUUCUUAUCCCUCCGCUGGAUUGGUGCCAGAAUGGACCACUACUUCCUUGCAGUCUGAGUAGAUCUUAAAAGUUAUUAUUCAAAGAAGAUCACUCAACAUAAUUAUGUUUUAUUUGUAACAUCUCAAGUCAACGUUCAAUAUUGACUUUUAUAACACCUUCUGUUUGAUAUAUAUGCUAUAGAAUU